AUGAAUAAGACAAAGGCAGUUCCAGAAACAAAGGAGAGACGAAGAAAGAAGAGGGAGAAGCUGGCAGUUGCUAUUGAUGAGAUUCACCUGAAUGAGGAAGAUAUGCAGAAUAUCAAGGGUCUAACUAACGAAGAGAAUGAGACAAACCAGGAUGUAUUAUCAGAUGUAGACAUUGCAGAGCUAUCUGAGAUAGACGAAUCAAUUUCAGUGGUGGAUAUUCCAGAAAACAGUCGCAUUUGUCAGGCACAGCUGAACAGCUUCGUUGAUCUGCUUGCAUUCUACUUCAACAUAUUCAAUACGGCAUAUGGAUCAUUCUACCAGACUGAUUUGCUGAUAAUCACAAGGCAAGUGAUCAAAUACAAGAAUAUUCUGGGAGAAGAGGAGUUUGCUAAUUACAUGACUGUCUUUCUGAAGAUA